UGCAUAAUUGUCAGACCAGAGAGGGAAAGCAGCCUGCCCACAGUCACCGUGCUGGCACGUGGCUGACCCUCAAUUCACAGCCCGGUCUGUCUAAUCACAUCCACCAGCUAACACAGCGCCCCUCUGAAUUCAGAGUGGGGCGAGAUUGCUGGGUGGGGGCGCUGCGGGGAGCCGGCAGGUGCUUGGGUGGGACCUUCGAGGAAGGGGCAUUCGGAUGGGCCAGGAGGAUGUCGAGCUUGGUGGAAGUCGUGGUGUUGGCCGGAGCGGAGGGGCAGGCACUGGGAGGCGGGCAGUGGGGGGUCAGUCUGUGCACGGGCCUGUGCUGGGCUCCGGGGAGAUUCAGGGAUCUAACGGUGCCCACGGGAGCUCCCACUCGAGUAAGACAGACAGACGCAGGAGGCCACAGAAGUCAGAGCACUCUGCGGGCCCAUUCGGGUCGUUGGUGUUAACAAUAACAGAGUGACCCUGCCCAGGGCCUGGCGGUGUGUGUUCUGGUUAUCAAAUGCCCAGGGUUAUACUUCGAGCUGAUGUACGCCAAGAUUGCUGGUUUGCAGACAAGCUGAAAACAAUUGAAUGUACUUGUCCCUAAGAAGGGACUUAGCACAGUUUACUUCAGUGAUACAAAAGCCUCCAAACUUCUGGCCUCCUGUGGGCUGCUGGUGUGGCCUCCAGGUCAACGGAAAAGCCAUCCACAGCCACACGUGCCCGUGUCCCUAGUCCACGCUUCGCCCUUGGGUCCGUGCUGUCUUCUGUUAUGGAUUUUUCUGUCUGUCUGUCUGUCUGUCUGUCUUCCCGCCGUGGGCACUGACUAGCAAGUAAAGAUGACAAUGAAGCCUUUGUCGGUACAAAGUGCCGAGAGAAUUACCACUAAGCCACUGGCAGCCAUGGUGAUUGCAAUAAAUUUCCCUCACGGAAUUUGAUAAAUUGCCACUUUCUACAGCCAUUAUGUUUGUCUUUGUAUCCUGAAGAGUAAAUGCCCCAUCCCCCCUUUCUUUCUCUCUCUCAUGUGCGUGUGCGUGUCAGAUGACAUUUAUUCAUUUUAUGCAUCCUGGGUUCUACUGGUCGUCCCGCCUCAGUUCCUGUAGCAGAGAGACCUGAGUCUGAGCCACUAAUUAUCACCAGUGAGGUUUCCUCCCCAAACAGGAAGUAUCAGGCCUGACUGCUGUCUCCCAGCGCACUCUCUAACCAAGCAUCAGUCACCACUCCCGCCCGGCCCUGUGGCCAGGAGCUGGCGCACAGGCUGAGGGGGAGGCAGCCCUGCUGUCCAAGCCCCUGGCAGGCCCUUCGCCUUCUGAGAAACCAACAGUCAGAACACAGUCAGGCUGUCCACAGGCUGGAGACGGAGCGAGAAGGGGUGGCCCGGACCACAGUGGGAUUGUCAAGGGACUCAAGCUUCAGACCCUUGUGCCAGCCAGAUGUCGCACCAGCCUGCUGUUGCCACCAAAAUGUCAGGAGAGAUGGACAAGCCGCUGAUCGGCCGUCACCUGGACAGCGAUGGCAGCCUUGCCGAGGCCCCCAGUGGGGCCCCCAAAGUGGGCAUCCUGGGGAGCGGGGACUUUGCCCGCUCCCUGGCCACACGCCUGGUGGGCUCUGGCUUCAACGUGGUGGUGGGGAGCCGCAACCCCAAACGCUCAGCUGGGCUGUUCCCCUCGGCGGCCCAGGUGACUUUCCAGGUGGAUGCAGUGAGCUCCCCAGAGGUCAUCUUCGUGGCCGUGUUCCGGGAGCACUACUCUUCGCUGUGCCGUCUCAGCGAGCAGCUAGCCGGCAAGAUCCUGGUGGACGUGAGCAACCCCACGGAGCAAGAGCACCUUCGGCACCGCGAGUCCAACGCCGAGUACCUGGCCUCCCUCUUCCCCACCUGCACCGUGGUUAAGGCCUUCAAUGUCAUCUCUGCCUGGACCCUGCAGGCUGGCCCGAGGGAUGGGAACAGGCAGGUGCCCAUCUGUGGCGACCAGCCAGAAGCCAAGCGUGCUGUCUCUGAGAUGGUGCACGCCAUGGGCUUCAUGCCCGUGGACAUGGGGUCCCUGGCCUCCUCCCGGGAAGUGGAGGCCAUUCCCCUGCGCCUCCUCCCGGGCUGGAAGGUGCCCACCCUCCUGGCCCUGGGGCUCUUCGUCUGCUUCUAUGCCUACAACUUCAUCCGGGACGUGCUGCAGCCCUACGUGCAGGAAAGGAAGAACAAGUUCUACAAGCUGCCGGUGUCCGUGGUCAACACCACGCUGCCGUGCGUGGCCUACGUGCUGCUGUCGCUGGUGUACUUGCCCGGUGUGCUGGCAGCCGCCCUGCAGCUGCGGCGGGGCACCAAGUACCGCCGCUUCCCCGACUGGCUGGACCACUGGCUGCAGCACCGCAAGCAGAUCGGGCUGCUCAGCUUCUUCUGCGCCGCCCUGCACGCGCUCUACAGCUUCUGCCUGCCGCUGCGCCGCUCCCACCGCUACGACCUGGUCAACCUGGCCGUCAAGCAGGUCUUGGCCAACAAGAGCCACCUUUGGGUGGAGGAGGAAGUCUGGAGGAUGGAGAUAUACCUCUCCGUGGGAGUGCUGGCCCUCGGCACGCUGUCCCUGCUGGCUGUGACCUCGCUGCCAUCCAUCGCAAACUCGCUCAACUGGAGGGAGUUCAGCUUCGUUCAGGUAAAGUAGGCCUCCCCUGGCUAGCGAGCCUCAGCCUGGCCCAAGCCCACCUCCCACAAGCAAGCACCUGCCCCUCCGAGAACUGCCUCGGCUUCGAUCACCUGUACAGCAAGACCACUCUGCCACACUCGGGGCCUGCCUAACCUGGAGGGCCCGUCCGAGCCUCCUGAGA